AUGAUCGUAUUACUACCGACAAACAAGACAAACGCUUCUCCAACACUGGCACUGCUUCUUCUAUUCGCCUGCGGUACUAUCCUCGCCAUCGUCCUAGCUGCUACACUCGACCUGAGUCAAUACUCGCUAUACUACCCUCCUCUUCUUGAAACGUCGCCCAGACCAAACCCCUCGACCUCGUCUGCCAAAAUCCCAGCAGAUUCAUAUAUCUUCCCCUUUCCCCCAACCCUCGGUGUCAUGUCGAGACCAAAAUUCUCUGCUCUAGCCAAUGGUCUAGCAAACAACCCUCUCGCUCGUCACCCUCCAUCCCUGUUGCGUGCUUCUGCUCUGCAAAUGGCUUCGUCCUAUCCCAUCAGCCCAGACACGUCCGACAGAGUCACACCUCGCUCUGCCUCCCUUUCCUCCAUUGGCUCUAGAAAUUCGGCUCGGUCCAUCUCUAGAUUCUCUAUCCGCUCCACAUCGCAAACCUCCACCUCGAGACAAUCCUUUUCCGCUCCCAGGCUAACCAAGCGAAACACAAUGAGUGCAGUCGACAUUUCCGCUAUUCAGGAAGCCAUGAAGUUGACCAGCUUGGAUCAACACCGCGGCUAUUCUCAAGACCGCUUCGCCGAAGUAAAGCAAACCCAACCCACCGAAUACAUGGAGGAGUCCGCUGCCGCCGGCUAUCAAAUCAUCCGUGAACCUCACUGGAACAAGGGUCUCUCCUUUACCCCCGAGGAGCGUGUCGCCAAGAACCUCACCGGCCUCAUCCCCCACACCAUGGAGAGCCUCGAGACCCAGAGCAUCCGUGCCAUGAAGAUGAUCCAGAGCCGCCAGACCGGCAUUGACAAGUAUCUCUACCUGUCAAACCUCAAGGCCCAGAAUAUCGAUCUCUUCUACCGUCUCCUCAUGAACAACAUCCGGGAGCUCAUGCCCCUUGUAUAUACCCCCACCAUUGGCGAUGUUUGCCUGCAGUACUCAACCCUGUAUACUCGCCCCGAGGCCCUGUAUAUUUCCAUCAAGCAGCGCCGCUCCAUCAAGACCAUGCUCCGUAACUGGCCCUGCACCAACCCCGAGAUCUGCGUCGUCACCGACGGCUCCCGUAUCCUCGGUCUUGGUGAUCUCGGUGUAAAUGGUGUCGGCAUUUCUUUUCAGAUUGGCAAGCUUUCUCUGUACACUGCUGCCGCCGGUAUCAGCCCCGACAAGACCCUGCCCAUUGUCCUCGACACGGGUACCGACAAUGAGUCCAACCUCAAGGACCCUCUGUACCUGGGUCUCCGCCAGAAGCGCGUCCCCAAGUCCGUCCAGCAAGAAUUCAUGGACGAGUUCAUGGACGCCGUCAAGGAGGUCUAUCCCAACAUGGUUGUUCAGUUUGAGGAUUUUGAAAGCGAAAAGGCCUUCAACUAUCUCGACCGCUACCGCAACACCCACCGCUGCUUCAACGACGAUGUCCAGGGCACUGGUGCCGUCGUCCUCGGUGGCUACAUUGGUGCUGUCAACCUGUCCGGCGUUCCUAUCGACGACCAGCGCCUUGUCUUCAUGGGUGCCGGUUCCGCCGGUGUCGGUGUCGCCAAGCAGCUUGUCGAGUACUACACCAAGCGCGGCCUUAGCCCGAGCGAGGCCCGCGACCGUUUCUGGCUCGUAGACACCAAGGGUCUUGUAACCAAGGACCGCGGUGACCACCUUGCUGAGCACAAGCAGUACUUUGCCCGUUCCGACAAUCACGGCCAGCAGUUCCGUACACUUGAGGAGGUCAUCGAGUAUGUUCGCCCCAGCGCUCUUGUUGGUCUGGCUGCCACAUUUGGCAUCUUCACCGAGUCGACCAUUCGUGCUCUCAAGCACUCCGUCGACGGUGGUGGCCCCAACCGCCGUCCUAUCCUCUUCCCUCUCAGUAACCCUCUCACCAAGGCCGAAUGCACCUUCGAACAGGCCAUCGAUUGGACCGAUGGCUCCGUCAUCUUUGCCUCUGGUUCGCCCUUCCCAUCCUGCUCUGUCGUGGGCCCCAGCGGCAACGAGAUCACGUACCACCCCAACCAGGGUAAUAACGUCUAUAUCUUUCCCGGUCUUGGACUUGGUGCCAUUCUCGCCAAGGCCACGCGCAUUACCGACGAAAUGGUGUACACCUCUGCCUCUGCUCUUGCCAACUGCCUGAAUGCCGAUGAGAUUGCCAAGGGUCUCAUCUACCCCCGUAUUGAGCGUGUCCGCGAGGCCAGCGUUAUCAUUGCCCGUGAGGUCAUGAAGGCUGCCCGCCGCGAAGGUGUUUCCACCCUGCCCGAAGAGCUCUGGAACGAGUGGGAGGAGUGGGGUGACGUCGCUCUAACCUCGUACAUUCGCCAAAACGUUUAUGAACCCAAGUCGUUCAAUGAUGCGAACAGCAGCCGUCUGUAA